CAUUCCCAGUUGUCUCGUCGGCGGUUACUAAGCAACCGCUACACAAAUGUAGGAAAACAUCCGGGAAGGAGCCUCGAUCGUCUUUCUGAUCGUCUGAACGUGGAAUAACUGCAGGAGUCUUGUUUACUCAUCAGGAUUCAUCCACAGUAAAUUUACUUAAUCAUGACGACGUCCUCUCUUCCCUUCUUAGAUAACAGAGACUGUCUAAAACUCAAGGUGGAAAACAGAACAAGAAACAUUUUCGUAACACAGUCGGAAGACACCAGACACAGAGAGGAGAAGGAUGUCAAUCACAUACCUGUUGUAACAGAGACUGCUAGCAGAGUCCUUGAGGCAGGAGUGAACACUUUGCGAAAGACCCUGGUUCUGAAGAAACAGGCGGAGUUGGAUGAGGUGGACAAGCUACUUGCACUCAAACGGCAAGAGUUUAAGAGCUGUGUGGAGGCUCUAGCACAGAGGAAGUCUGAACUGGAGAUAAAGCAACAGCAAACUAAAGAGAGGGCGAUGAAAUUUGAGAAGUUUGUUGCUGAAAAUGAAGUGAAGCGAUGUAGAGCGCUGAAGAAGUAUGAAGCUGCACAGGAGCAGAACAUUUUGAAGCAGAGAGCGAUAGAAGAUCUGACAGAACAGCUGAAACAGCUUCAGGCAAGACAGCAAGUUUUAAAAGACAGAAUGACAAAAUACAAGAUCUACGAGGAUUACUUGAUGAAAACACUCGAUUAUCUCCCCAGCACUUACCUCGAUAAUGGGUCUGAAUCUUUGGUUAUGCCCAUCAUUCGGCGUCAUGAGACCCUGUCCAUCACCAACCGGGAGCUGCUGCAACGUUUGGGGCGACUUGAAGAGGAGGUGGAGGAGGGCCAGCGACAACUGCAGACCAUGACACAGGAACACAGCAUUAAGAAACUGAUUGCCAACAAAGAACUGUCUGAACUCCAGAGUGAGUUAGAAACACUUAAAGAGAAGAACAAGCAGGCAGAGGUCAACCUGCUGAUGGAGCAAGGCCUGUCCAGAGAGAAGGUUGAGGAAGUGGGACGCUUGCUUAUGGCCGUCAACAACCUUGCAGAGCAGUGUUAUAUACCAGGAUAUGGACCUCUGGAAAACAUGAAUGUACUGACGAUGAUGGGCAUGGUGAAGGAGUACAUACUGGACAAGGCAGACACGGAGAAGAGAGCGAGGAGACUAAUGGAGUCUGGGUCUGCAAUGACAAGCAGAACAGCUCUGACAGACAAGAGAGAGAGGGGAUCAAUGAAAAGCAUUGGCAGUAAAACACAGAUCAAAAGUUCAAGUAAAGUCAGCAGAAAGAGUGAGACAAUGGGUUGAUGUGAAACUUUUACAACUUAUGAUGUGACUACUUAUAGAAAACUAAAUUUGUUGAGCGUGAACGUUCAUUUUUGAUCAUGGAAAAAACAGAUUGACAAAAAAAUCUUUUCAAAUAUCAAAUGUGUCAAGAGAACCCAUCAGGACUGUGAGAUGCAUUUAAAAGCUCUGGAAAAGGCUAGAGUUAGCUAGCUGUGUUAAGCUCCUUUGUCUAUAUUUAAGAGUGGUUUGGUUUGUGUAACAGAGUUUCAGUUUUCCUAAGUCUUGAUGAAAAAUGUUAUGCAGAAAUUUUCCACCUAAAAUUUCGAAAGCAAGUUGAUCAAAUGUAAUUGAGCAUCAUGACUUUAUAAAUAUGUAUCUCAGGAAUGUAAUCAUUGUUGCAUUUUAAAAUAAAAUAGUCACAAUCAGGAAAAAUAUAGUGUAGCAGAGCGAACCUGACUCUGCAAGACCUUUUCCAUGUUGUCAGACAAUUUUGUACAUACAGGUUUUUUUUCACAGCUCUGCAGUGCAGACAGUGAUCGUUAGUUAUGUUGCAAUGCUGCUACUCCUUUGGGCAAUGCAGUUUAAGUAGAGCAAAGCAUGUUCAGCCAUACUUUUUAGGGGUUUGUUUUGUCUGUAAUUUACAUUCCUAAAGAUUAAGUAAUAAUCUGGGUUGCCCCGUUAAGGGGCCACAUUGUGUGUGCCUGCUUUGCCUGCUUCAGAAUUGUGAAUAAUUUUAUUUUGAUACUUUGAGUACAAUUUUCUGAUAAUACUUCUCUACUUUUACUUAAUCAAAAAGAGCAUUUCCAUUAUAACACAGUAUUUUUUUAAUUAUAAUUUUUAUUUUAUUAGUAAUUUUACUUAAGGAUCUGAGUAGCCCUUUCUUCACCACUGUUGAUGACUCUCUAAUCUUGCAUUUCCAGACCUAUUUCCAAAGCAUUACCUACCAACACUAACGGAAAAAACAAGAAAAGCUAACAUAAGACAAGGAAUCCUGACUAAUAGGCCUUGUUAAAAAACACUCUAGAUGCCUUAGUUUUUUUUAUAAAAUCCUUUCACUCAUAGUCAUCCAUUGUUUUUUUAUGGUGCAAUGCAGUCUGGGUAGGGACAUCAAAUUGUUGCACUGAUCCCGUUGGUCCAAUCGCAAUGUCCCCCCCUAAGGCCUGUGCCCUCACAGACAUAAAGUACGUCACCUGGUAAGUUUAUUACCAGGGAGGGAGUCACGUGCACUAACAUACACAUGCACUAACACACACAUGUUGCCAGACCGGCCACCAAAAUUGAGAACAGAGAAGCUAAGAUGACCCCCACCCCACCCCACCCCACCCCA